AAUUAACAGAAAGUGAAAGUGAUUCAGAUUAUGAAGCUAAAACAAGUCAAUUAAAAUUUACAGAAAGAAGUAAAAAUGAUUCUAAUAGUAAAACUAAAGAUAGCAGUUAUGUAAUAUUACAGGAUAUUAUAAUAUCUGAUAUUUCUAAUAUAAUUAUAAAUGAUCUUGAAGCAGAUUUUCUAGAAAUUAAUAAUAAGUUAAAAAGAAAAUCCCCAACUAAAAUUACACAACCUAAAACAAGUUAG